UUAUGACGUUUGUAGAGAGCGGCACCGUUGCACAUUGGAAUGGGAGCUUGCGAUUUUUCCCAUAUUUUUAUAGUUUAAUCUGUGAAUGGCGCCGAAACAGGACCCGAAACCUAAAUUUCAAGAAGGUGAAAGAGUGCUGUGUUUUCAUGGGCCAUUGCUCUACGAAGCUAAGUGUGUGAAGAUAAAUAUCAAAGACAAACAAAUCAAAUACUUCAUUCAUUACAGUGGAUGGAAUAAGAAUUGGGACGAAUGGGUUCCUGAAAGCAGAGUGCUUAAGUAUGUGGACAGUAAUCUUCAGAAACAGAAAGAGCUUCAGAGGGCUAAUCAAGACCAUUAUGUAGAGGGGAGAAUGAGGGGUGCUGCGCCGAAUAAGAAGUUACCUCCUGCAUCGCAGAAAAAUGAUGUGAAAACCAAAAAGAACAAACAGAAGACUCCUGGAGCAGGAGAAGGGACAAGUUCAGGAGGAGAUCCAACGCACCCUCCACGAAAGAAGAGGGCACGUGUUGACCCAACCGUAGAAAGUGAGGAAACCUUCAUAAAUCGAGUGGAGGUUAAAGUGAAAAUCCCAGAGGAAUUAAAACCCUGGCUUGUGGAUGAUUGGGACCUUAUUACACGGCAGAAACAGCUUUUCCACCUACCUGCCAAAAAGAAUGUUGAUGCGGUCCUGGAAGAUUAUGCAAACUACAAGAAAUCAAGAGGAAACUCUGACAGCAAGGAGUUUGCUGUAAAUGAGGUGGUCGCUGGUAUCCGGGAAUAUUUCAAUGUGAUGUUGGGGACACAACUUCUUUACAAAUUUGAGAGGCCUCAGUAUGCAGACAUCCUGGCCAACCACCCUGAUACAUCAAUCUCCCAGAUCUACGGCGCUCCUCACCUACUCAGACUCUUUGUGAGAAUCGGAGCUAUGCUGGCAUACACUCCCUUGGAUGAGAAGAGCCUUGCACUGUUGCUCAGUUAUCUACAGGACUUUCUCAAGUAUCUUGUGAAGAACUCUGCAUCACUCUUCAAUGCCAGUGACUAUGAAGUCGCCCCUCCAGAGUACCACCGCAAAGCAGUUUAAGGUUCUUUAUUUCAGAAUCUGAUGCCUUUGUGCGUUGAGGUUCGGGCAUGACAUUUUUACCUGUUGGAAGGAUGCGAUCUCACCAAACACCUCUGGGGAACAGAUUGUGUUAGAUCUGUUGAGUUAUCAAAAAGAAUCAGAGCAAGAUGUCAACCUAGUCCCUGGACAAAUUCUUCUUUCAUGUGGAAAGCUGCUGACUAUGCUCUUCCUGUAUUGGUAUGUUUUUCAGUACCACUUUUGAGUUUCUGAGAUAUAUAUAAAUAUAUAUUUUUUUGUCUGUUAACAUCUUGUCAAAAAGGACUUCAUCAUGAUUGCUUUCGUUUUGAUUCAGAUGCUGGCUAAAUUUGUCUUACAGGCUGUCAUCAUUUUCUAAUAAAAGUCUUUUGU